AUGAAACCGGUCCAGUUGCCGGACGCCACGUCAGGUUUUCUCGAGGUGCCCGAUGUUGUAGGGCAGCGGCGGAUUAGACAGCUGCUAAGCGUCGGCGAUGGGGGAGGUGGGGAGGGCGGGGAGGGUAGGGAGAUCGGGGAGGGCAGGGAGGGCGGAGAGGGCGGAGAGGGCGGGGAGGGCGGGGAGGGCGGGGAGGAGAAGGGCGGGGAGGGCGGGGCUGUGUUGGAAGGAGGGGCAGGGUUCUUGGAGCAGCAGGCAGCGGAUCAGCGGCGCCAGGAGCAGCUGCAACAGCGGGAGGAGGAAGGGUUUAGUUCUGUGCUUGAAAUGGUGGUAAGCUCAACAGUCGAAUCGUCGUCAAGCAACGUUCCUACUACCACGAGUAACGGGCCCGCUAUUAGCGAGUACAAUCUCUUCGUGGACUCCCCCGAGAUACAGCGCGAGCUGCGCGCGGUGGAGGAGCGCAGCGGAAUUCCCUGGGCCUCCCUGCCCGCCGCUUGGUGGGGCGACGCGGCGCCGUGGCCGAAACUACAAGGAGGUUUCCUCUGGGACGACGGUGGCAACCGCGAGAGCGACAAUAACGGAAGUGACAAUCACAAGAGCGGGAGAAAUAACUCGGAGGCGCUCCGGACCCCCGUCCCCGGCGAUCCCUCCCGCGCGCUCCCCGCUCCCCGUUCCCCCCGCCGAUUCCUGUUCUUCUCUCUGCGCAACGAGGCGUGCGCGGGGGUGGCGCACACGCGCACCAGCCUCGCGUGCCAGCUGUCCGUCGCGCGCGCGCUCGGUCGCACGCUGCUCGUGGACGCGUCCCAAUGCACCGCGCCCGAGCACGUGCGCGCCGCCGGCACGCGCCGGCACGUGCAGCCUCUGUUCGCGUACUUCGACCUGGCGCGCGUGAGCCUUGCGCCCGUGCUUCCGCUGCAGCGGUUCGCGCAGGAGAGCGCGCUGUGGGGGGAGCGGAACCAGGGAGGGGCGGGGGGUGAGCAAGGAGAACGGAUGGAGAAUGGGGAGAAUCGGGAGGAUGGGGAGUGGGCGCAACAGGGGGAGGGAGGAUGGCAGGUGAAGGGUCAGGCGGAACGGUUAACUGCUGCAAUAGCUCCGGAAUCGGCAAGCCUGGAGGACCUGCUUCGGCUAUCCGAGCCUGUGCUGCUGGUUCGGCAAGCAGCCACGGGAUUCGCGGACUGCGAAGACCCCAGGAACGGCGGCCUGGUGUCUUCUGAUUGGUCGGCCAUAGAGUACCGGCAGGAGCUGUGGGCGGUAGUGUGGCAGAUUAUAGCGAGUAUGGACGGAGGGGACUAUGAUGCUGUGCAUAAGCUCCCCCGACUCAUCCCCCCCGGGCAGUCGGUGUACAUCGCGAGUGACGAGGCCCCGUCCUUGUUUUACCAUCUCGUGUAUACCCUUAUGCACCACUCUGCCUUGUUCCCUCCACUUGCUCCCCCUUCGCUUGCCCUCCCUCAGCCUGGCAAGAAGCUCCCCCAACUCAUCCCCCUGGGCAGUCGCCUAGCACAGAAGCUCCCCCAACUCAUCCCCCCCGGGAGGUCGGUGUUUAUUGCGAGUGACGAGGCCCCCUCCUUCUUUGAUCCGCUGCGAGCAAGUCCAGGCGGGCAAAGGAACGAAGGGGGUGGAGGAAGGGAAAGAGAGCGAGGGGAGCACCAGAGCGGUGGGGGCCAAGAGGUGCAAGUGGGAGACGAGGGGCACGGGGGGGACGGGGGGCAAGGGGGGGACGGGGGGCAAGGGGGACAAGAGGGCGGAGGGAAGGGAGAGGGCGGAGGGAAGGGAGGGGGUGGAGGGGGCGGAAGGGGGCUGUACCGAGUGCACAUGCUGGGGGAUUAUGCGCACCUGUGGGGGGAAGGCAGCGACUGGUGGAGGGCGCAACUGGCCCUCAUGAAGGGGCAGGGGGAGGUGGGAUUUGAUUCGUACAUGGAGGUGAGUUCCGAGGCCUCGACACUCAAAGAGUGGGGUGGGGGGGGGGGGGUGGCAUUUGAUUCUUACAUGGAGGGGCAGGGGGAGGUGGCAUUUGAUUUUUCCAUGGAGAUGAGGGCAUGGUGGGUUGUGAGAGUGAGGCAAAUAUGUGCAUGCAUGGGUGUUGACAAGAGCAGCUUUGAUGAGAGUGCUCUUAUGCUGUGGCAUGGAGGGCCAGGGGAGGUGGCAUUCAUGCUCACAUGGAGGUGA